AGGGACGGAGGAGAGAGAACAGAGACGGGAAAGGAAAGAGGGAGAGAGAGUACGAAGGGGUAUAUUGACUCAGAGCUGGUCUGCAUGCUCCACCGAAUGUGAGAGACAGAGGAUGUGAAAGCAGGCAAGAUGGAGCGCUGGCACAGAUGAAGACUGUCCCUGGUCCCGCUUGACAGUCUAGAUGAGUCUCUCAAAGCCCCCGCCACCACCAUCAACUUCCCACUUGGCCAUCCCCCCCGCAUCCAUGCCCAGCCCUUCCUCGUCUGCCGCCUCCCCCUCAUCUAUGCCCCACACGGCCGCUCCUCCUCCACCCUCGCCCGUCAAGAUAUCUAUGCAGGAGCACUUUGCCAUCAACGUGUGCCCGGGGCCCAUCCUACCCAUCCCGCAGAUCUCUGACUUCUUUCCCCGUUUUCAUGACUACCCUUGCACUCCACCACCACCCAGGGAGAAGAAGAUCCUGAAGGAGGAGACAUUCAAUGGGGAGACGGGUGGAGGGUUCAAGGAUGGGGAGAGGACAGGGGAGAACGAUGGAGACAGGGAGGAGGUGUUCGACUCUGAUGAUGAUGACACCUACCUGGGAACGCUGGAGUUCACUUUGCUCUUUGAUCAAGAGAACAACUGCCUUCACUGCACUAUUCACAAGGCAAAGGGUCUGAAAGCAAUGGACUCCAAUGGGCUGGCCGAUCCAUACGUCAAGCUCCAUCUUCUCCCAGGAGCCAGCAAGGCAAACAAGCUACGCACAAAAACCCUGAAGAACACCCUGAAUCCAGUGUGGAAUGAAACGCUGGUGUAUCACGGCAUCACAGGAGCCGACAUGACCACCAAAACUCUUAGGCUGUGUGUGUGCGACAUGGACAGACUUGGACGAAACGAGUUUAUCGGGGAGGUGAGAGUGGCCCUGAAGAAACUCAAAGAGGGUGAGAACAAACGCUACAAUAUGGGCCUGGAGAGAAUUGCACAGAAUAAGGAAACUAACAAUCAGUUGGUGGAGCAGGGGGCACUCGUGGCAGAGGAAGAGCGUGGACGCAUCCUUGUGUCACUGUGCUAUAACAUAGAGAAAGGCUGCCUGCAGGUUGGGAUCAUACGCUGUGCCCAUCUGGCCGCCAUGGACUCCAACGGCUACUCUGACCCGUUUGUCAAAAUCAUCUUACAGCCAGAUAUGGGAAAAAAGUCUAAGUACAAGACCUCAGUGAAGAAAAAGACUCUCAAUCCUGAAUUUAAUGAGGAGUUUUCAUAUGAAGUAACCUUGGACCAGCUGGCAAAGAAAACCCUGGAGAUCUCCGUGUGGGACUAUGACUUGGGAAUGAGCAAUGACUUCAUUGGCGGUGUAGAGCUGGGCAUCAAUGCAACCGGACAGAGACUCAGACACUGGUUCGAGUGUCUCAAAAACAAAGGGAAGAAGGUGGAAUACUGGCACACGCUUACUCAGCAAGGAGCCCCGAGCAGCGACAAGCCGGACUAGAUUACCCAAGACAUUCCCGCAGACAAAGUCACACCCACAAGCACAGAUGCGUUUGUCUCACUUGAACGGUGGUUGAAAACAACAGCCCAACAACAGCAGCAGUGACCUGAACAAAGAAUAAAAGAUGCAAUAAUAAUAAUGUUACAAAUCUAAAUUGUCAAUGUAUUAGUUUAUAUUCAUACUAAUCUCAGUGAUGGUAACAAGGUAUAAUCUGAAUCUAUUUAUUUUUCUAGGUAAACAAAAUUGUGAUAAUGUCCUUGUUGAAAUGUUGCCGUACCAAAACAUUACACUGAAAAUGAGACCUCACUGUAUUGUGGAAGUUAAACAUGUUCCUCCAAAUUUACAGCUAAGGAACAGAUCCGAGGCUCAUUCGGUUAAAGUACCCAAUUUUACGUACAUCCUUGUGACUUCUACUGUGGUACAUAGUUACGGGAGUUAGAGGAUGUUGUUGAAAAAGUCUCUAACUUAAAGUAGUUGCUGUCGAUCUGAUGCAAAACAAGACACCAUGUUAUUAUACUGUAAAGCACAAGAUGAUCCAUUCGGUGGAUUCGUACCUUUACCUUUUCAGUGUUAUGUCUUUUUGUUAAUUGUCUGUGGCAGUGGUGUUUUAUCACCUAUGUGUCAGCAUUUUAUUUGAGUUUGUGCGUUUGUUUGUGUGGGAGUUUUGAUACGAGUGCCUACAUUUUCUGUAUGUGCAAUAUGUGUCUGUAUUCUCCUCACGGCCCAUUCAGAAUGUUUCUAUUCAACUUCAGGAGCACCGAGGUGUGAAGAAAUAUUGAUGAAAGGCAAGAGCAGUUUAUUCAACGAAGAAAUCCUCUUCAACCACCUCAGGCCUCGUUGUUGUGAGAACCCCUGGCUGCAGGAUAAUGACAUAAAAUUGUCAGUCAUGUGAGCUUGACAAUUUUUAAGGCUGAGAAACAAACCAGAAAACAUCUUAAUGUUCUUUUUCACAAUUCUUUUUUUUUUUUUUAUGAAAAGCAGACAUCUUAUUUUGCUUUCAGAUGGAUUGCUUGAACAUUUUGCGUUGUUACAGAUCUACUGAAGCAAAUUUCAGUCAGAUUAAAGAGAAUAUAUUGUAUUACAGUGACUCCACUCCUGCUCUAAUAAAAUAUACUGCUGAUGCAACAUUUUCUUUAAGCAAGGCAAUGUUAAAAUUUUUUAUUCAUGAAAACAGUUAUCGGAUUGGGUCUGGCUGUUUGAUUUCUUUUGAGAAAGCCACCCAUACCCCCAAAACAGCUUUUAACCCACCGCUGCAUGCUUUCCUGCUAUAGACAUUUGCCUGAAUCUUAAAUGCAUGGAUCAUCUGGGUAAGAGAUAUUCUGAUAUCCUUCUCUGUUAAGCACGUUAUUUACUGCUGAGAUUAUCUGCGCAGUUUGUUGCAGUGCAGACUUAUAGAGCAGAGUCCCCUCUCGUGGUUUAACCUCAAGUAUGGGUCACAUGGGUCUGUUGUUGACAUCAAGGUAUACCAACGUUUUAAAAACGUUCGAAACCUUAAUGUUUUUCUGUGAUACAGAACCCAUGGUUUAAAGUCGUUUUAAUAAAACGCUGAGUCUUUGGUUGUAUGGAGCACAAAGUAGGUAAGCGUUGCCCCUUCCCUUACCUGUUGCUCUUCACUGUCGGUCAGCUGGCUGAAAGAAAGCUGCUAGUACAAAAAGACCACUUCGUAUGUUCAGAAAGAUUUCUGGAGACACAGACUGUCAAGGCAUGCUGUUAAGGUAGCAUUGUUGAAAGCAAAGUCUUUAAGCUAUUAGCUGGUUGGCUAGUGGUUUUAAAAAUGUUGUUUUCAAACUAUACAACUUUGUUUUAAAUCUUUACAUUAAUACCUUGAUACAGUGAAAUCAUGUACUUGUUAGAAAUUACUGUCAAAAAACGUAGACCCUGUCACACUAACCCUUAUAAUUUCUGCUGCAUUUUACUUCAUGUUUACAUAAGAACAAUAGUUUGGUGAAAAAAGUAUUUUUAAAAUGCUUUGAAAGUGCAGAAAACAAUAUGUGUAGCUUUUAUGUGUGGACCAAACAUCCAGGGAGUUUAUUAAAAACGAUAACGUAUAGGUCUACUUUGCAUGCCAACUGACUAGCUAUUUUGAUAGUUUUCUAUUUUUUUCUUUUCAACAUAUGUCAUGCUUUGUCUUUACUCUAUUUUCAUCAAACCUUGCCCUCAAUAUAUUAAUUAUUGAGAAAAAAGGGUUAACAGUGUAUAAAAAACAGAAGCUAAAAUUGUUUUUGGAGAAUAUUUAGCCUUAAACUGCUUUAGCCAUGCUCAGGAUCUUUUUUUAAAUUUUGAUUUCAAUAAUGUCUGCAUUAUUUCCACUUGCUGAUGUGGCAUAUUUAUUACACCACUUUUUAAUUGAAAUGCCAUGUCAAUGCAAUUUUAUAUUUAGCAAAAUGCCCAGAGUAGUGUUGCUGAAGCCUUAGAUCCAAAUUUCUGAAAAGCUACCAAACUAUUCACACGUACGUCUCUACGUGUAUGGUAUGUGGCUCUCCAAAAAAAUGAGCCUUUUGGUUGUGUAUAAAAAUUUUCCCUUGAUUGUCUUAAUAUCUACCAGGAUAUCAAAUGCCCCGCCCCAAUUCUGUCAUAAUAUCUUUGGUCAUUCAAACAACAGUCAGUGACUUCGGGGAGAUUUCUAACUGAUAAUCGAUCCAGUUGUCCAUUUCCUGUAGUGUCCUUCAACAACCUUGGGAACCCUCAGUGUUCAGUUGUGUUCAACCUAAAAAAAAAAGGGCUUGGGUAUUAUGAAAACUUAUGAGGCUUAACCAAAUAUUCAAUUACAUCUUUGGAUCUUGGAUUAGGCAAAUCCAGCGGGUUAGUCUUGUAUUUUCUCUAUGCACUGCACAUUUAAUGUUCCAGCACGUCAGCAGUGAGAUAAUCAACCCAAACAGCAAGAUCAUGUUAUUUCUGGGAAUACUCCGCACUUUGUUUACUCUGAGACUGGGUAACAGAAGAUCAAAAGGAGUUCACGUUUCCUGCCGGAUGGUUGUGUAUUUCUGUGGAUCUCUGGCCGUGAUGUUUACAGUUGCAGUAUUUUUCAGGCUCUUGUCUAUUGACCCCCGCCUUGCUUAUGUAAUCAUUUAUCUGCAAUACAGCUGCAUGCUUAGCAAUUACCAUCGGCUUGCAUCACAGGGUGCAUUUCUGGCUGAUGUAUUUACAGUCUGUGCCAUUCAUGCGGUGUGUUUCUGUUUGUGAAUAAGAUUAUUCAGGGUAAUUUCUGCUCAGUUGCUGUGCUCAACAAAGCAAGCGUUUGCUUUAAAAAAAAAUCCUUUACAGUCACAGACUUAACACUUGUCUUCCUUGAGUUGAAAUCAGUGGUGAUUAUGCAGGAGGGCUGAUAAGGAAUGAGAUCUGGAGUCCCUGUGUAUUUAAUGUCAUUGUCAAUCCCACAGUAUGGCUGCCAUCCUGUGUUGGGUUUGUGUAACUACUUCGCAAAAUAAACAAACUGUUUCAGUGGUCCUC